UCGUUCGUACAAAGUGCGCAGUCUGUUGAAAUUAUGCCGAAACGAAUAACGUCGGAGAAAGUGAUCGACAUCGUUUGGUUUAGCGUAGCUUUGACUUUCUGUUGGCCGCUUCCUAACAAUAGCAGCGGAACGCGAACUCUGGUUCACAAAAUUAUGCAGAUCAGUAGCGUUAUUAACGCUUGCAUGCUGCUCCCGCCGCUGCUAUAUUCGAUUUAUCUGCAUCUAGACGAUAUAAUCAUUGUUUGCGAAUGUAUCUGUCUGUUUAUGAUUGUAAGUCAAUGCGUGGUUCAGACUGUUAUAUGUUUCGUCAAUCACGAUUCCCUGCAACACGUAGUCGAGGAAAUGCUAAUCUGCGUUAAACAAGCGCGAGAAUACGAAGUGGAAAUUUUUUCCAAGCAUAUCGCGCGAUGCAGCGUCUUUUAUGCAAGUUCUAUGGUAUGUAUUUACUUGACCGCGACCGCCUUUUCGAUAGGACCUGCAGCCUUGCCGCUAUCCUUCCCAAGCGAAGCGGAAUAUCCUUUUCGCGUUAAUUAUACGCCAGUGAACGUUAUCAUCUACACGCAACAGUCUAUCCUCAGCUAUCAAUGCGCAGCACAUAUAUGCUUAAGCAUGUUUGGAUCGCUUCUGCUUUGGUUUACCGCCGCGAGGUUCCAUUGUUUGGCCAUGGAAUUAAAAAAGACCUCAGACGUUAGUACGCUGAUCGUUUGCGUCGAGAAACAAUUACAUUUGAGAAGAUACGCAAAAGAAGUGGUGGAUAAUCUUCGUUUCAUAGUGCUUUACGCUAUAGGAGUAAGCACGUCUGCUCUAACUUUAUGCGGCAUUAUAUUGCUCGUGGAUGUACCGCCAAUGGUGAAAAUACAGUUCGUAACUCUAUGCCUCACUGUACUUGCGGAGAUUUAUGUAUACGCGUGGUCGGCCGAUUACAUGAAAGAUAUGAGCAUAAAUGUUUCACGAAGCGUAUACGACACGCUAUGGUAUAAACAGACGUUGGAAAUGCAAAAAAAUUUGUCGAUCGUGCUGGUAUAUCAAGAGCCAGUAACUCUCUCUGUCAGUUGCAUAAUACCGGAGCUUUCUUUGCGUUAUUAUUGUUCGUAUCUGUCCAAUACUUUCUCCGUCUUCACCGCUUUGCGUGUCGUGAUCGAAGAUAAUGCGGAAUAAAUGCGAAUAAAAGAAU